AUGAUUGAUUAUGAUGAAUAUAUUGAUUUUUCGCAAGUAACAAUUUAUCAUCUGAUUCCAUACUGUCGAAGACCAGAUCAAAAUGAAAUGAAAGAUCAUUUGUCAAAUAUUUCAAUGAAUAAUAUAGACAAAAUUAUUACAUUUAAUGAAUUAUAUAAACAAGGUGUAACAAGUCAGCAAUUACUUGAAUGGUCGGCAUCAAUUGAUAUUGCCGAAAAAUAUGAAAUGAAAGUUUUAGAUUUAACAAAAGUUUUUUAUAAUUGUUCAUCACCUUGGUUUGGUCCUAAAUGUCAAUACAGAUUUGAUACUGAACUAUCAAUGUCAUUUGAUGAUAUUGUUCGAAGAAAUUUUGUUGAUCGCAUGAAACAUGACCAAUUCUAUGAUGACCAUAAUGGUACAUGCUAUUCUUUCCUUACUAACUGCUAUAAUAAUCAACUGUUAUUAUGUCUCGAUUGGCGUGAAAUUUGUGAUGGAAAAUUGGAUUGUACCAAUGGAGAAGAUGAAAAAUAUUGUCAAUUAUUGGAAAUAAAUGAAUGUCCUAAUGACACAUAUCGAUGCCAUUAUGGUGGUCAAUGUAUUCCAUUGACAUUUGUAAAAGAUGGACCUAUAAGUGCAGAUUGUCUUGAUGGUACUGACGAAAUAGAAUUAUAUGACGAAGAACUUUACCGUUCUAGAAGUGCUUGCUUUACUUUUCCAAUAUUUCGAUGUGAAGAACAUACCAGCCGGCAUCUUCGAUCUUUUCCAUGUGGUGACGGUCAGUAUACUCUUUCGGAUAUUGGAAUUUCAUCUACUGAGCAUUUUUGUGCCAAUGGUCGAGAUAUAAUAGCGGCGUUCUAUCGAAUAAGACUUUUCCCUCAGCAAUUAUACUCUAUUAUUGAUAAAAUCGUCUACUCCGCAUUGGCCUCGAACAUCGAUAUUCUAAAACAAAUAUUACUGAAUUCAACAUCAAUAUAUAUGUUGAUUCCUUGUGAAUCUAUAGGAAGAAAAUGUUUAACAAAUUGGUUUUUUAAGGUUGAAGUAUACUAUGCUUAUUCAAAGUUUCACUUUAUUUAUUUACCGAAUAGAUUAGUGAUGGAUUUUGUCUUGUUUAUUAAUCCUGAUUUUAUUUGUUUCAAUCCCAAAGAUUGUCCCGCACUGACGAAUUGUAACAUAGAUAUCGGUAUAAAUAAUGGACUCGUUUGUUGCCCUGCUAGUGAAUUAUUGAAUGGUAGCAAAGAAAUCAAAAAUGCUCUUGAAAAAUUAUUUGUUCGUUGUUCAACGACUGGCAUAGAACAAUCUUGUUCACAUCCAUCACUUUUUCAUUGUUCACUUUCAUUGAAAUGUAUUUCAAAACAUCGUCUUGUUGAUGGAAUUAUUGAUUGUUAUUUUGAAGAAGAUGAAAUAUUUCCUAUUUGUCAACUAAACGAUUCAAAACAUUUUAUUUGUGAAUUUGAACAAAAUAAAUGUUUAUCAUCAAUAGCAGUACAGAAUGGAAAGAAUGAUUGUCAAAAUGGUGAAGAUGAAAUGACUGAAAAUCAACAUCAUAUUUUAAAAGGAAAUAUUCCAUUUGUUUUAUUAUGUGAUGGAAAAAAUCAUUCAUUAUUAUUAAAAUCGAAUGAAACCGAUGAAACAAAUUGUCAAUAUUGGCCAUGUAAUAAUCCUUAUGUUCGAUGUAAUCGUUUUCAAAAUUGUCCUGAUGGUACUGAUGAAUAUAAUUGUCCCAAAUUAAAAUGUAUAAUGAAUGGUAAUUCAUGUUCUAAAACAAUAUUGAUAAAUUUAUUUUGUUUUCCAUUAAUGGUUUUAAUGGAACAAUAUUUAGAUUGUGAAAUUUAUUAUAUUGAACAAGAAAUCAAUUUGAAUACGACGUAUAAAAAUGAAACAUUACAAUGUUUCUCCUACAAUACUUCAUGCAUUUCUUUAGAAGAACUCUGUGCUUAUCUAUCACCACUGACGCCAAAUCUAGACAUCUGUACAUAUCCUUUCAAAAUAUCUUGUCCAUUGAUAAUGCCAAAUUGGUUUUAUUUAAUUAAAAAAAAUAUUUGUCCUUUUUUUUUAAAAAAUCUACGAAAAAUAGAAUUUGACAAGUCUUUUUUUAUAUCAUCACAAUUGGGAUAUUUUCCUGAAAAUUCUAAUGCAUUAUUGAACCAAAAUAAUUCUAAAAUGAAACAACAAUUAAUUAUCAUUGAAAAUGUGAGUGGAAUGAGAAAUUGGUAUUGCAAUCGAGGAAUUCUCAUUCUUUUUAAUGAUAAUAAAACAAAAAAAUGUUUAUGUCCACCUAGUUAUUUUGGUAAUCGAUGUCAAUGGCAAAAUCAACGAAUAAGUUUAACACUUCAAUUAAUACAUCGUGUUGAAACUUAUACAAUUGCAAUAUUUCAAAUUAUUAUUAUACUUAUUGAUGAACAAAAACAGAUUACAUCAUAUCAUGAACAAAUAACAUAUGUACCAAAACGUGAUUGUGGUACAAAAUAUAAUAUUUAUUUACUUUAUCCAAAUCAACCAAAGAAUUCUUCUACUAAUUAUUCAAUACAUAUUGAUAUAUUUGAUAAAAUAUCAUUAAAAUAUUUAGCUAGUUGGUAUUUAUCUAUUCCAUUUCAAUUUCUACCUGUUAAUCGUAUUGCAACUCAAAUAUUUAUUCAAAAUAAAAAAUCUAUGAUUUCAAAAUUAUGUCCAUUAUAUUGUGGUGAACAUGGUCAUUGUGUAGAAUAUAUAAAUCAAAAAUUUUUAUAUUUUUGUCAAUGUAAUGAAGGAUAUUCUGGUGUUCAAUGUAAUAUUAAACAAAAUUGUUCAUGUUCAUCUGAUUCAUAUUGUCUUACAUCAUCUAUUUGUGUUUGUCCAAUAAAUAAAUUUGGUUCGAAAUGUUACUUAAAAAAUUCAAUUUGUCAAACAUCAAAGAAUUCUUGUCAAAAUAACGGAUUUUGUAUACCUGUUGAUGAUCGUAUGAGUUUAAAUAAAUUUACAUGUUUAUGUACAGAAAAUUUCUAUGGAAAACGAUGUGAAAAUAGGAAAAAUCAAAUUGAUAUUAAAUUUGAUGAUGAUAAAAUUAGUAUGAUGUCAUUCGUAUUUAUACAUUUUAUUACUGCUAUUGAAAAUGAUAAUCAUCAACGUAAGACAAUUUUAAAAAAGAUUAAUUUCGAUCAGAAUAUAAUUACAGUUUCUAUAACACAGUCAUUUCAUAUUCUUUUUAUUGAAUUAACAAAUCGAACUUAUUAUUUAGGUGUAUUAAGAGAAAAAUUUAUUGAAUCUGAACAUAUUCAAACAAGAAUAUUACCAAAUUAUCAAUGUUUGUCUAUAAAUGAAUUAAUGAAUAAUACUUUUCUAAAUUAUUCAUUUAUUCAUCGUGCUAAAUAUUAUCCUUAUUUAUGUCAACAACAAAAACAACUUAAAUGCUUUUAUGAUAAUAGAUACAUGUGUAUAUGUGAUGUUAAUCAUUUUUCUAAUUGUUUUACAUUUAAUCAUACUUUAUCAUAUGAUUGUCAAGGAGAAAAUAUUUGUGAAAAUGGUGGUCUAUGUUUUCAAGACAAUAUUAAAUGUCCUAGUCUAUCAAUAUGUGUAUGUCCUGAAUGUUAUUAUGGUACAAAAUGUCAGUUUUCUACAAGAGGUUUUAUAUUAUCUCUUGAUUAUAUUCUUGGUUAUCAUAUUAAACCAAAUGUUUUAUUUCAUCGACAACCAUUCGUAAUUAAAAUUAGUCUCAUUAUUAUAGUAUUUAUGUUCAUUCUUGGAAUGAUUAAUGGAGUUUUAUCUAUAGUAAUAUUCUGUAAAAAAAAUAUUAGACAAACUGGUUGUAGUUUAUAUCUUUUGGCAUCAUCAUGUAAUUCUUUACUUCUAAUUAUUGUAUUAGUAAUCAAAUUUAGUCAAUUGAUUUUAUCACAAAUGGCCAUUCUUACUAAUCAAACAUUUCUUACAUUAAAUUGUAUAUUGUUAGAUAUGAUUCUUAAAGUUCUUAUUGCAUCAAAUGAUUGGUUUUAUGGAUGUGUUGCUUUUGAACGAUUAUUGACUGUUAUUAAUGGUGUCCAAUUCAAUCAAGUUAAAAAUAAACAAAUAGCUAAAUGGAUAAUUUUAUGUGUAUUUCUUCUGACAAUUAUCACUCAUAUUCAUGAUCCAAUUCAUCGUCGUUUAAUUAAUGAUUCUGAUGGUGAUGAACAACGAUUGUGGUGUUUAGUUCAAUACUCUUCUUCAAUUAAUAUCUUUAAUAUAUUCAUUACUUUUUUUCAUUUUCUUAUUCCUUUUUCAAUCAAUUUAAUCUCUACUAUAGUUUUUAUCAUAUCAAUAGCUCGUUCUCGUUCUAAAGUUCGAGCUAAAAUACCAUUUAAAAAACAUUUACAACAACAGUUAUAUAAAAACAAACAUCAUCUCUUUGCAUCUUGUGCAAUAAUAUUAUUAACUAUACCUCGUUUAAUUAUAUCAUUGAUUCGUGGAUGUAUGAAAUCACCAAGAGAUCCAUGGUUGUACAUAUUUGGUUAUUUAAUUUCUUUUAUUCCAUCUAUGAUGACAAUUAUAAUCUUUGUAUUACCAGCGAAAAAAUACAAAGAUGAAUUUAUUACGGUUAUUCAACAGAUUACUCUUCAAAGAUUUCGUCGUUAUUUGAAGACACAAAGAUCAUAA